AUGUCUACGGAUCCGCCGACAGUGGACCUCACUCAGGAGCAGCCUACGAGUAACGCCAAAGAUACAAGCGCCCGACGUGCCUCCGGUACCGCCAGGCGGUCGCGUCGUAAGAAAGAUGACGACCCGGAGACAAAGUCAGCCAAGAAAGACAAGGAACCCAAAGAACCCAAAGAACCCAAAGAGAAACCGGCCCGUGCUCCUCGUCGCCCUCGAGAGAAGUCAACGGGCACGCCAAAUUCACGGAAGAAACCGAAGCUGGAGACGCCAACUCCUGCCGCUCCGGUAAACGCCCCGUCAGCGCCUCAACCUCAAGCUCCGCCCAUGCACUCUGCCCAGUCUCCUCAACCAGUGCAACCGGCCCAAGCUUCUCCCUCCGCAUAUUCCCAACCUCCGCAAUCAAAUCCAGCUGCUCAUUACAUUUAUCAACCGCGUACCCAAACCCAAACCCCGGUCUCUCAACCCGCGCAGCCUCAGCGAACGAGUGGACAGAACUUCGACCCGAUUCGCUCCGCAUUUGACAACCCAUCGCCAGCGCCAGCAUACAGCCCGACCGCUCGCGCAUUAUCACCACACAAUACCUAUCGCGCUAGCGCAUCGCCGGCUAUUUCCAGCAUCAUCGACCCGCCCACCCAAAAUCAACAUGCCUACACCCCGCUCCAACGAUCUUCUUCCGGUCAUGCCUCUCGAGUCGCCUCGCCGGCAGCACCUGCGAUGGCUCCGACCCCUUCACAUCCAUCAUUAGCUCCAUCGCCUUUCCCCGCCUCGUCUCCGUCUCAUGGAGCUAUCUCCAAUCCCCAGGCGUCGGCCCAUGCCAAUCACUACACUACGCCAUACCCCCCUCCCGAACAGCGAUCCACCCCCUCGCAGCCACCCAACCUCGAGCUAUCUCCGCCGGCGAUGCGCCAGCCCCAACCUCCCACACAGCCAGAACCUACAGCACAGCCAACACCACAAAAGCAACAGCAGCAGCCGGAAGCUAUGGAAGUUGAUCCUAAACAGGAAAAGGAGCAACCGGUACCAAGUGCGAAGAAAGAGAAGGGUGCCGCCACGCCAGCCUCAAAGGCCUCGUCUCCCAAGCCCGCUCGGCCUGCCAAGGAAAAGGAGACUCCCCAUCUUCCUCAGGGCUCCGGCUUGAUCACAACCGCGCUGUUUGGUGGAGCGGAUGAAGCAGCCAAAUCACCAGACUCCCGAUCAACACCUAACAUUAUCGUUCACGUUCCAUUGAACAAGCCUAACCAGAUUGUCAACUUCGCUCGACUCGCAGAGGAGCAAUAUGGCUUUGCGGCUCUGCACCCCCGUCUUGCUGCCCACAAAGCGCGCUUGGCUCGGGUAGCAGCUGCUGGGGCUGCAUUGGAGAAGAACGACAAAACCGCGAAAGGGUCCUCUGCUGGCGAAAGCGCCGAUGAGGAUCUAAGCAUGGAUGCGGGCGGUGAUAGUGAUGUAGAGGGCGACAUUACUAUGGGUGGUACCGGUGUAGGAACCAAUGGUGCGCCCUCCGAGGCCAGCGACGGAAAGAAAAAGCGUCGCAAGAAGGUCGAGGAAUACGAUCGUGAUGAUCCUUUCGUCGACGACAGUGAAAUGGUGUGGCAGGAGCAGGCUGCUGCGAGUAAAGAUGGAUUCUUUGUUUACAGUGGACCGUUGGUGCCAGAGGGAGAGAAAAUCUCCGUAGAACGCGCCGACGGUACAAUCAAACGUGGCCGAGGCCGAGGGAGGGGAACAGGUCGUGGACGCUCACUGGCCUCACAUCCCCAUGUUCCAAUCGCUGCAGCUGUGCCCAUCUCCCAAGAUACCGGGCUACCAUUACGAGGACCCGGUUCUCGAGGCGGCACAUCACGUCGUGCACGUGGUGCCAAGAAAACCGACGGUGAAAAACACACCACCGAGCGCAAUGGCACAACCGCUUCCACCGCAAAUGAAGGCCGCGGUGGUCGUGGCGGUGCUUCGGGUACCGGUCGUGGUGCCAGCAACAGUGCCCGCGGUGGAAAAGCCUCUGCAGUUACGUCUACACCUACAGCGUCUACUCCGAUAUCUACGCCGGAUCAUGUUCCCUCGCCCUCGACCCCGAGCAUGGUAUCCGCACCGCCUGGUCCGAGUCCUCUGGCUCGGCCGGAGCUGAUGACGAAAUAG